AUGAAUAAUAAAGAUGACCUAUUUAUUCAAAAAAUAUUAAUAACAGGUGGAGCAGGGUUUAUUGGAUCACAUUUAGCAAUUUAUCUAACUAAAAAGUUUAAAAAUUCAAAAAUAAUUGUUUUAGAUAAACUCGAUUAUUGUUCAAAUAUUAACAAUUUGGGUUGUGUAUUAAAAGAAUUAAAUUUCAAAUUUUAUAAAGGAAAUAUAUUGGAUUCAGAAUUAUUAGAAAAUAUAUUUGAAAAAGAGAAAAUUGAUAUUGUUAUACAUUUAGCAGCAUAUACUCAUGUUGAUAAUUCAUUUAAACAAUCAAUAAAAUUUACAGAGAAUAAUAUAUUAGGAACUCAUUAUCUAUUAGAAACUUGUAAAAAUUAUAAAUUAAAGAAAUUUAUUUAUGUUAGUACUGAUGAAGUUUAUGGAAGUGGUUUAAUUGAAGAUAACGAUGAUAAUAAUAAUAGUAUUAAUCAAUCAUCAAAUGAAAAAUCAAUAUUAAAUCCAACUAAUCCAUAUUCAGCAAGUAAAGCAGGUGCAGAACAUUUAGUUCAAUCAUAUUAUAAAUCAUUUAAAUUACCUGUUAUAAUAACUAGAGCUAAUAAUAUUUAUGGUCCAAAGCAAUAUCCUGAAAAAAUUAUUCCAAAAUUUAUAAAUUUAUUGUUAAAUAAUAAAAAAUGUACAAUACAUGGUACAGGUAAAAAUACAAGAAAUUAUUUAUAUAUUGAUGAUAUCGUUAGUGCAUUUGAUAUCAUUUUAAGAAAAGGUGAAAUUGGGAAUGUUUAUAAUAUUGGUACCGAUUUUGAAAUUUCAAAUUUAGAUGUCGCAAAAAAAAUAAUUAAUAUAUCAAUAAAUUUAAAUAAUAAUAAUAAUAAUAAUAAUAAUAAUAAUAAUAAUAAUAAUAAUAAUAAUAAUAAUAAUAAUAAUAAUAAUAAUAAUGAUUUUAAUAUAAUGGAUUAUAAGAAAUUUAUAAAUUAUAUUGAUGAUAGACCAUUUAAUGAUCAUAGAUAUAAUAUAAAUUAUUCAAAGUUAUCAAAUUUAGGUUGGAAAAAAUCAAUAUCAUGGGAAGAAGGAAUUGAAAAAACUUUUAUUUGGUAUAAAAAUAAUAGAAAUUAUUGGUUAAAUUUAAAUGUUGAUUCUUAUGAAAAUAUAAAUAAUGAUAAUAAUUUUAAAUAUUUUGGUAAUCAAAAUAAUAAUAAUGAAAAUAAUAAUAAUGAUAAUAAUGAAAAUAAUAAUAAUUGUAGAGUUUGUAGUAAUAUUGAUUUAAAUUAUGGAGAGAAGAAACCUUUUCAUUUAACAUUAAAAUCUGAAGAAUAA